CCCGUGACUGUCUAUACAAUACUAAUUUCUUCUCCCCCCUCCCUCUUUCCCUCCCUCCUUCUCCCUCUCUCUCUCUCUCUCUCUCUCUCUGCCUCUCUCUGUGUGUUUCUGUUUUUGUAUGCUAUAUAUAUAUAUAUCACUGUGUUCACUGGAGUCUUUGAUUGUCUUGCUGGAUAGUUUUCCAUUAUGAGAUAUUCCUUCCUUUUGGGCAAAACCCAUCUCAUGAUAGGCCAGAAUUUUGGUUUCUGCACACCCAUUUCUGAUUAGGGUUUUGAGAAAUUACUCUGUUUUAAGACAUAUAGCUCAGAAUUGGUAGAGGGGUUUUGCUGGGUUUUUCAUAAAAAUUUGAAACCUAGAUUCAAACACCAAAGACACUACUUUGCAUGUUUCGAUGAAUUCAAGAAUGGUUUUUUGGGAUUUUGGUACUUGGAGUUGUAGAUUCUAAUAGGGCUUUUUUGUUUUAAACGAGGGUUGUGGUAUGUUCUUGGUCUAAUUUACUGUUAUAGGUUUUUGGCUUUUUUCUCUUUUUAAAUAAAUAACUUUUGUUUUGUAAAAGUAGUGCCCCUAGGGUUUAGGGUUUUUGUACGUUUUCUUUAAAGGGUUCUUUUACCUUUUCAGCUAUAAUUCCACGAGCUUUCAGAUUCUUACACUUGCCAGUUGUUGGUAUAACUGAGGUUUGGUCUCCAGCUUUUUCUUGGAAUUUUGCUUCACCAGUUUGAUAUAAUUGGAAUUAGGUCUCAGAAUUGUGCAGCCAAUUCAUCUACUUGUGCAAUUUUUAGAUUGUAUGUGAAAUGGAUUGUCUAAAAAUUCAAUGUUUCAUGUGGUUUUGGUAUUGUAGAUCUUGAAUUCUACAAAUAUUCCACUUUUCUGUGACUAAUUUCAAUUUGUUCUUCGUUUCAUUUUGGCUCCUACACCUUGAAUUCUCAUUUGUCUCUUAACUUCUCUGUCAGAUUGAAUCAUUUCAGUCUUCUUUGAAUUCAUCUAAAAAUGUCUUCUUGUUUAAGCGGAGGUGGAAGGGCUUAUGGAUUUGAGCUCGAAAUCAUGAAAUCCCCAUCAACUUCCUCCAUAACUUCUCAUUCAUCUUCUCCUUCUUCAACCCUCUCCGAAUCAAGCAAUUCCCCACUUGCAAUCUCAACACGAAAGCCACGAACCCCCCGAAAACGCCCAAAUCAAACCUACAAUGAAGCUGCCACACUUCUUUCCACAGCCUAUCCGAAAAUCUUUUCCACCAAACACCUCACAAAGCCUUGCAAAUUCACCAAACCACUAGAUUCCUUUUUGAAUGAAUCCCCAGAAGUGCUUCUACCUUUUAGAGUCAUUGACAAUUCCUGUUUUUUACUCCACCAACCAAUCCAAGAAAAAAGGACUUUCCAAAUUGAGCCAAAAGCUGUUAAUUCCUGUGAGAAACGGUGCCAUAGUCCGGUGGAAAACGAUUUCCAUUCGAAUUCCUUGGAUUUGUGUAGUGGGUAUGAAGAUGAUUUUGAUGCAGAAUCGAUAUUGGAUGAGGAAAUUGAAGAGGGUAUUGAUAGUAUCAUGGGGAAUUUGUGUGUGACCAAUGGUGAGUCCAAUGCCAAUUGUUACGGUGGCCACACUAAUACUUGCCAUGGUCUUCCUCUUGGUUUGGGAUUUGGUAGAAAAUUCGAUCUCGGUUUUGGGAUGAGAAGAGGAGUGAGAGCAUUGAGAAAUGUAGAUGAGGGGGAUUGGUGGAAAUUCCCCACUGUGGAUGUUCUCGACAUCUCUCCGAAAUUCACCAAAGUUUCAGUUGAAAAGAAGAAGAAGAAGAUCGAAAAGCCAACGGAUUCGAAAAGCUCAGAAUUCCUCAAGGGGAAUUCAACUCCCAAAUCACCAAUGGACAAUUCAAGUGCAAGUGCAAAAUCAAAUCCUGGGUUGCUGUUGAAAUUGAAUUACGACGACGUUCUGAACGCUUGGUCGGACCGUGAAUCGCCGUUUUCCGAUGAAGUUCCGGGCUCUGGGUUACCCGGAAAUGACGUCAAUGCCAGGCUGGCUCAGAUAGACUUGUUCUCUGAGAGCGGAGGUUUGAGAGAGGCUAGUGUGUUGCGCUACAAAGAAAAGCGACGUACACGCCUCUUCUCUAGGAAGAUCAGAUACCAGGUCAGAAAAGUCAAUGCGGAUAGACGGCCCAGAAUGAAGGGGCGAUUUGUUAGAAGGGAAAAUUCUCCAGUCAGUGAACAAUGAUGAUGAUCACGUGGGAAGAGGGGGGGAGAGAGAGAGAGGGAAGAGGGGGAGAGAGAGAGAUGCUGUUUGGUUUCACCUACUACCCCUUUUGCCUUUCUUUUCCUCUCUCUUUUCUCCCAACCCUUACCCUUCCUUUUCCUGCUUUUUUACCUUCUUUUUUUUUUUUUUUUUUUUUU